UUUACCAAAAAGUAGUCGUGUUAUGUUCCAGCUAAAACAAUUAAUUUUCCUGCCAUAUAUGAGAUUGUCAGUGGAUGGUGACUGUAAUGAAAACAAGUGGUUGUCUGGUGUACCAGAGAGGAACUGGACUAAGGACAACCUGAAAGGGGAGUAGCAACACCUUAAUGGUAAAUGGUUAAGAAGGGCAAGAAGUGUCCCUUUACAGUUUCCAACUUGAACCUCCCUCUUCUUCUUCAUCUCUUGUUUUCUUUAUUCUUUAUCAGCAGUUUUGAUCUUUUUCACUUUCUUUCUUUCUUUCUCUCAUUAUAAAUAAACGAAUUUGAAGGAAAUCCAAUCAUCUCCUUUGGGUCUCAAUUGGUCCGCUGAGUUUCGUAUCUCAUGGGGUACAGCACUCUCCAAUAAUCAAUCGUGUCCUGUCUCACGAAUCCAUAUGUAUGGGGUGAGCACCGACGUAAAUGUGCUGACUACAUUGGGUCGGUAUAUAAGGUAGCCGGCCACCAUCCAAUCCUCAGACCGAGUUUGAUCGUCAAACUGUUUGGAGACGCGCUCAUCUGUAUUUACUUGAUACUUUUUACAUCACCAAAUAGUACUUUUUUUGGUUUUUUAUAUAUUUCACUGUCAAUGAUACUAGACUUUACCAUUUCAUUCUAAAAUCAUAGACGUAUUAAUACUUCCCAAGUGUUCACAUUUAUUUAUCCAUCCAAGUUUUGAGUUGUAUUUUUGAAUUAGAAGAAAAAGAAGAAAAUGUUGACAUUAAGCAUGUUUGACAUGUUGAGCACUACUACUUAUCUCCUCAUAAUUGGAGUCAUUGUCGGUGUAGUGUUGAUACUCGUAGAUCAUGCGAGAUCAAUCAAAAGGAAAAGAACACUUGCUAGAGUGAUCAUUGAAGAUGGAGAAGCUCCAGAUACUGCCGUGAAGAAUAAACAAAUCCUUCGUGAUCCUCCUGGACCUGUUCCAUAUCCAAUUACGGGAUCAAUUCAUCUUCUUGGUCAAUAUGAUGUUCCUUACAAGGCGUUUGCCUAUCUUACCAAGAAAUACAAUAGUCAGGUGAUAAAACUCCGAGUAGGAUCAGUACCAUGUGUUGUUGUCAAUGGAUUAGAGAACAUCAAGGAGGUAUUAUUUGCUAAAGGACAACAUUUUGAUUCCCGGCCAAAUUUUGUCAGAUACAACAAACUCUUUGCUGGAAAUAAAGAAAAUUCAUUGGCCUUCUGCGACUGGUCCGAGAUACAGAAAUCUCGACGCGAGAUGCUCCGCAACCAUACAUUCCCACGUGCCUUUACUUACCAGUACAACCAGCUGAAUGUAAUCAUUGCAUCGGAAGUGGAGAACCUGUUGGCUCACCUUGACAAACCACUUGGUACGAUGAAGGUCGCGGUCAAACCACUUGUACUCAAUACAUGCGCCAAUAUUUUCACCAGUUACUUCUGCUCACGCCGCUUCGAAUUCGGCGAUAUGACUUUCCGUCAAAUGGUCCAGAAUUUCGAUCGAGUCUUCUACGAAGUCAAUCAAGGUUACGCUGCCGAUUUUAUGCCAUUUUUGAUGAUAAUGCACGCCAAAAAUAUGUCCAAUGUAGCCAAUUGGACACAAAAAAUUCGACAGUUCGUUGAAGAUAAAAUUGUUGAAGAUCGUCUAAAAAAUUGGACUGAAGUCAUUCCUGAAAAAGAUUACAUGGAUUGUCUCAUUAACCACAUUAAAUCUAACGCUGAACCCAAAAUGUCUUGGGAGACUGCUUUAUUUGCUCUGGAAGACAUCAUCGGUGGACAUUCGGCUAUUGGUAACUUUCUCGUCAAAGUCUUUGGUUUUUUAGCCACUAGAAGACAUAUUCAAGAAAUUGCACAAAAAGAAAUCGAUGAAGUUAAGAUAACAGGCAAUACUGUUGGCUUGGAGCACCGACACUCAAUGCCAUAUACUGAAGCUAUUCUUCUUGAAGCCAUUCGACUUAUUGCCAGCCCGAUCGUUCCUCAUGUUGCAAACAGAGAUACUUCAGUAGCUGGAUUCAAAGUAGAUAAAAAUACAUUUAUAUUCCUCAACAACUACGAAUUAAACAUGUCAGCAGAUCUUUGGGAUACUCCAACAGAAUUCAUGCCAACUCGAUUUAUCAAAGAAGGCAGGAUAUCCAAACCAGAAUACUUCCUACCUUUUGGAGGUGGCAGGCGAUCAUGCAUGGGUUACAAAAUGGUCCAGUAUCUCAGUUUUUCAAUUCUUGCUAGCAUCUUAAAGAAUUACACAAUAGCUCCUAUUGAAGAAGAAGUCUAUAAAGUACCAGUUGGUAGUCUUGCAUUACCCGAAACAACAUUCAGUUUUAGGUUUGAAAGACGAUGAAGUCCUAUUUGCUGAUAAUCAUUUAAGUAUAUAUUAAUUUGAAAGCUCAAAUAAUUAUUAUAUAAAUGA